CACACAAAUUCAAACUCAAAAAGACCCCCCAAUUUCACACACUUAGCAAAAAUGGCACCAAAGGCAGAGAAAAAACCCGCAGAGAAGAAACCCACUGCCACCGCCACCGCCGAGAAAACAAAGGCAGGCAAAAAGCUGCCCAAGGAUUCUGGAGCUGCCGCUGCGGGAGACAAGAAAAAGAAGAGGUCAAAGAAAUCGGUCGAGACAUACAAGAUAUACAUAUUCAAGGUGUUGAAGCAAGUUCAUCCAGAUAUAGGGAUAUCAAGCAAAGCUAUGGGUAUAAUGAACAGUUUUAUUAAUGAUAUAUUCGAGAAGCUUGCUCAGGAAUCUUCUAGAUUGGCUAGGUAUAAUAAGAAGCCAACAAUCACUUCUCGGGAGAUUCAAACUGCCGUCCGGUUGGUUCUUCCUGGUGAAUUGGCCAAGCACGCUGUCUCUGAGGGUACUAAGGCUGUUACCAAGUUUACUAGCUCUUAGAAAUGUGUUAGGUUUUGUACUGAUUUUUAAUUUCUGUUUGUGAGUUUAUGAUUUUAAUUAGGGUUUGGUGAUGUAAAGAAGUAAAUUUCAAUAGAUUUGAAUCAGUUUGGAAAGUAAGACGAAAAUUGAGGAGAUAAAGUGACGCUACUCUUGAUAUUCGA